AUGGACAUUUAUCAUAAAGCUUUGAAAAAUCCAGACCCUCCAAAAAAGAAGAAAGUGUUUACACCCGAAGAUUCAAAUAAUCAAAAUCAAGAUCAUCAACAACAACAACAACAACAACAACAACAACAACAACAGCAACAACGCCAACCUCUGUAUCAAGAUCAGCAACUUCAACAAUCACAGCCACAACAUGUAUCGACAAAUACUUAUUUAUCUCCAAAUUCUCAACAACAUCAAUCACCUUCACCAUUAUGUAAUAAUCAACAACAAAAUAAUGAAGAACAACAUUCUAAUUCUCCUUCAACUUUAAAUUCUCCAUCAUCCUCGAGUGCAACUGCUUCUCAAUCAGUUGCUGCUAUUAAUUCACCUCAAUUACAAAAUAUUCAUAAUGAUUCUAAUAAAAACGAAAUGGACUCUUCGCUAAAUAAUGGUGGUGAUAAUUCACAAAGCAUUCCUUCAUCAUCUACAACUAAUGUUAUUCAAAAUAAUUUAUCAACUUCUUUAUCUUCUCCCUCAGAUAUGGAAUUAAAAGAUUCAAUAAAUAAACGUAAGAAAAAUUCGAGAAGGAAGCAUAGGAAUUCACAUUUGGGGUGUGGUACUUGUAAAAAGAGGAGAAUAAAAUGUGAUGAAACCUUGCCAUGUUGCCUAAAUUGCCUUAAAGGUAAACUCCAUUGUGCUUAUUUAAAUUUAGAUACUAAUGCAAGAAAUGCUUUAAGGUUAGCUCAAUAUAAUCAAAAUUUAAGACAAGAAAAAUUGGAAGAUAAAAACAAUUCAUCAUCAACUGGUUCAACAGCAAGUGGCACUAAUCCAAUUUCUUUAGUUCAAAUUCAAGCUCAACCAAAUCCUAUGUUUGUUACUCCACAACAACAUCAACAAUUACAGUCUGCAAUGUCUCCUACCGGAGGUGCAUUUCAACCUUUGGCGCCCCAACAAGGUGCUCCACCAAUGGUUUAUCAAACUCAAUACGGAUUAGUCGUUCCUGUUGUAACUUCAAAUGGACUUGUUUAUGCUCAAGCUUCUCCGAUACCUCCUCCACCACCACAGCAACAACAAACGCUAAUGCAUCAAGCAUCACAACCUCAACAACAAAUUCCAAUUGUAACAGCUGUUCCACCUAUAACUCAACAACAACCAUUACCAAGUCAACAACAGCAGCAGCAGCAACAACAACAACAACAACAACAGCAACAACAGCAAGCAGCGGUGCUAAGUCCUCCUUCUGUUUCUAAUAAUAAUGUUCUUUCACAAAAUGCUCCAGGCAUUCAACAUCAACAACCUUCAUUAACGCCAAUUACAUCAUCUGCCGCAAAUACUGCCACAAUUGCUUCUCAAAAUAUAUUACUUUCUAAGGAUUCAAAACUUAAUAUUUUACCAUUACCUACAAAUACAGCAAAUGUCAAUAGCGGUGACUCGCAUUCAAGACAAUCAUCUAUUGCACAAAAUUCAUCACUUACUGAUUUGAAAUCCAUAAAUGUUAAUAAAUCGACUUCAAAUAUUUCAUCACCAGACAAAUCACCACUUUUACCUAAUAUAAAUCAAUUAAAAAACUCCAGUUCCGUUUCUAAUUUUGGUCAAUUGAGUAUUAAAGAUGAAAAUUACUCGAUUAAGUUACCUAGCAUAAAUAAUUUGAAGAAUGAAAGUACGGAGGAGGAAAAAGUUUCAAUUUCGAAAUUAAUUAGUUAA